ACUGCCUGUCACAGCCCCACCCAUGAAGGGCCACCUCCACCCCCACAGGCCCCAGAGUCUCCUGUCCCCAUUCUCUUCAUUGCCCUGAUUUUCACGAAAGCAGCCUGUUUGCUUUAUUUGGGGUUCACAGAGGCUGAGGGCCUGGUGGGGACAGGUUGGCUGCAUCUAUGGACCGAGUCCAGGCAGGGGUGAGGGUGGGCAUGUGGGCAACCCUCAGAGGACCGGGCUCAGAAUGCCUUUUGAUCCCGGGGUGUCUGAGAGCCUGGGUUUGGGCUGCACUCCUGCCUGGUCGAGCUCUGCCUGGAGCGGGUGGCUGGCCCAGCCCACAGGACCCCCUAAGGUUGGGCACACAUAUAUAAGACACACGGCAAUGAUUUUUAAUGUUCACAUUUUAUCUCUUAAGUGUUUUAUAUUUUAAUUUUUGUAAGAAAGCCUAGUGUUUUCAGUCUUGCCUUAUUCUGCCAGCCCUGUAAAUUUGUGUAUUUCAACAUUUUACUUUUUUGCUGAGGUGUAACUUACACAAAGUAAGUGCAGAAAUUUCAAGAGGACAGUUGGAUGCAUUUUUACAUACACCACCACCCAGCUCGGAAUAGAGAACAUUCUAGAACCCAGCAGGCUCCUGGGGACCCCUCCCAGUGAGUGCUUCCCACCCACGGUGACUCUAUUCUGACUUCUGUCUUAAGGGGAGUUUCACUCGGUCUAGAGCGUGUGUUCUGCCUGGCUUGUUGUGCUCAGGGGUGUCUGGGCGAACGACCCACGUGGACGUGUGUCAGCUCAUUGCUGUAGCACCCACUGUGUGAACGUACCAGUUUAUUUGCCAUUUUCCUGGGAUGGACACCUGGGUGGUUGUUUCCAGUCUGUGAUGGAGAAACGUGUGUGUGUCUUUGGUGACGAUAAGUACUCGUUUCUCUUGGGUGUAUAGGCUCCAGAAUGAAAUGCUGGGGCAAGGGCAGAGCUGAUUCAGGAGAGAACCCACUGGGGGUGGGCGCGGCAGCUGAUGUGGACGCCCAUGGACUUCAGAAUUGCCGGUUCCAUCAUCAGCACCCCCUGACUGACAUCACUGGUCCCUGAUCCCCACCAGGGAGCUGGUCCUGGGGCUCAACAAAUGAGGGUCAGUAAUGGUCCCCCAGUCUCAGGCCAUGAGGACUAAGGAAGGCCCCCACUGAUGACUGUCAUCACAGGCCAGCUACGAAGUGCUAUGUAUUUUGCAUUAUGUAGCAGUGUGACGUGUCAGGCCCGUUCUUACUCCCAUCUCACAGAUGUGGAAACCGAGGCACAGAAAGGUUAAGAAACUUGCCGGAGGUCUCACAGCUAAGAAGAGGCAGAGCCAGGGUUCCAGCCAAGCAGGCCAGCGCUGGCACCCAUGUUCCUGCCCCACAGGGCUGCCAGAGCGCUGUCGUCCGUCGUGGCCCUGGGAGCCAACAUCAUCUGCAACAAGAUUCCUGGUUUGGCCCCGCGGCAGCGCGCCAUCUGCCAGAGCAGGCCCGAUGCCAUCAUCGUGAUUGGGGAGGGGGCACAGAUGGGCAUCAACGAGUGCCAGUACCAGUUCCGCUUUGGGCGCUGGAACUGCUCCGCCCUCGGUGAGAAGACCGUCUUCGGGCAAGAGCUCCGAGUAGGGAGCCGUGAGGCCGCUUUCACGUAUGCCAUCACUGCGGCCGGUGUGGCCCACGCUGUCACCGCAGCCUGCAGCCAGGGCAACCUGAGCAACUGCGGCUGCGACCGCGAGAAGCAGGGCUACUACAACCAGGCCGAGGGCUGGAAGUGGGGCGGCUGCUCCGCCGACGUGCGCUACGGCAUCGACUUCUCCCGGCGUUUCGUGGACGCCCGCGAGAUCAAGAAGAACGCGCGGCGCCUCAUGAACCUGCACAACAAUGAGGCAGGCAGGAAGGUCCUGGAGGAGCGCAUGAAGUUGGAAUGCAAGUGCCACGGCGUGUCGGGCUCCUGCACCACCAAGACGUGCUGGACCACGCUGCCCAAGUUCCGCGAGGUGGGCCACCUGCUCAAGGAGAAGUACAACGCGGCCGUGCAGGUGGAGGUGGUGCGGGCCAGCCGCUUGCGGCAGCCCACCUUCCUGCGCAUCAAGCAGCUGCGCAGCUACCAGAAGCCCAUGGAGACGGACCUGGUGUACAUCGAGAAGUCGCCCAACUACUGCGAGGAGGACGCGGCCACGGGCAGCGUGGGCACCCAGGGCCGCCUGUGCAACCGCACCUCCCCCGGGGCCGACGGCUGUGACACCAUGUGCUGCGGCCGUGGCUACAACACCCACCAGUACACCAAGGUCUGGCAGUGCAACUGCAAGUUCCACUGGUGCUGCUUCGUCAAGUGCAACACCUGCAGCGAGCGCACCGAGGUCUUCACCUGCAAGUGAGCGGCCGGCGGCCACCCCCGCGGCAGCCCCACCCGGCGACAUUUGCACAUGAGCUCCUGGCCAACCCUGCUCCACACAGCCGGCUGGGGGCAGAGGUGGCUGGAGAAGGUGGGGGCUCUGGACCCAGAAGGGCUCCCACUGGGCCCGUCACCCUCUCCUUGUCCCCAGGGUCUCCUUCCUGCCAUUCCCGUCACUCCCUGUGACAGAACAGUGCCCACACACCAGCCGAGAGGGCAAGGCCAAUGGCACUGGUGUCCUUGACGAGGCCCAGUGAAAAUUCCUUUGCUUUUCUCCAGGAAAGUGAACCUCAAGGACACACGUACCCCUGGAAAGCAAAGUGACAAGACUCUGAGUGUGCCCCUCCCCAACCUGGUGGCUCAGACUUGGAAACACCAUGGUGGCCGGGCCCAUGCGAGACUGUUUCCCAAGCCACAUCAGCCACUGGGCCCUGGGGCAGUCUGGGCAGAUGUUGACAAAAAUUAUUUAUGUUUUCUUAGUACCAGAAGAGGAUUCUUAGCGCUAAGGCGUAGCCAGCCCUAACUCCGUACUCCGUGUUAACGCAUCCCCACUCUGCGCUCUGCUUUUCCUCCCGCCCUGCGGGAGUGUCCCUGUGCACUGCGCCUUCCUAGCUCUGCCCUGGGAGGUGGCCGUGUGCGUGUGGUUCCCAGGUGAGCUGGGCAGGAGCUUGACAACUAACGUGGCCCCAAGAGGGCCUCCGAGGAGAGCCCUGACAGGGACCUCUAGUCUCCCCUUCUUACUUUCAGAAAAUCAUAUCAAACAAAUGAAAAUGUCACCGGUGUCAGGUUCCAGGAGUGCUUCGUACACUCCCUAAAGCUGUUGCCCUCCCAGCCCCUUGCCAGCCUGGCACCCUCCAGUUUACAGAGCCCCUUCCCACCCUGGAGCCAGCCAGACCCCCAAGAUAGCGGCUGGUGGGGUAGGGGGUAGUUCAGGGUGUUUGCCUCAUUUGACAGAUGGGGACCCUGAGGCCUAGAAUGGAGCGCUAGCCAGGGACCUCAAGGCCGUGAGUGGGGGCUCCUGUCUUGGUGUGGGCAGCCCGAGCCCCAGUCCAGGGCUCCUGACCCUGCUGCCAGCCUUGCUGGGGCCUGCACCGCCCCCCGAGGGUGCCUUCGAGGGUUUCUUGGUGGCCUUCUUGCCCAGUCCUGGUCCUUUCACUCUGACCCCAAUGCUGAGAAAACUUGGAUCCAGGGUUUCACUCUGCCAGCGUCCCACCUGCUGUCCCAGCAGAUGCCUGUCCGCCACAUACCGCCCCCAGGGUCCCCACACCAUGCAGACCCUCCCUUGACGUCCGACUCACCCUGAAACCUGGGAGACAGGAGCAGGAAGGGGUCCAGUUCAGCCCUAAGCCAUGUGUGGGGUGGGGAGAGAUCAGAAACCUGGGUCUCAGGGCUGGAGUUGUCCUCUGAGAAUGCUCUCACCCCUCCUGGGGAGACUGAGGCACAGAGGAAGCGACUUGCCAGAAAGCAUGGUGUGCAACUGGCUUCUCCACUGCCCUUGUGCCUCCUACCCUGAAUUUAGGGUGUUUCCCCACAGAAACUCGUGGAAAUGUGUCCUCAGGCGACUGUCCAGCCAAAUGGGCUGGACAUUAGCUUGCGGUGAGUGACACUGUCUGGGCCCUGGUGCCCACCCUGUGUGCCCCCCGUGAUGCCAGGAUACUCCAUUAGCUGCUGUCCUGGGAACUUCCAGGCCAACGUGAAUGCCCUCCCGCGUGCGCCCCCACCCCCUGGGUCCCAGGACAACCCCGAGUCCACAGGUCCGGUGUCCUCUGCCAAGGAACCUGGUUAACUUAUAUUGUUAUAUAGUGUCAAAAUGUCUAUAGUGUCUUUUAAAUUAUUGUGACCUACACUGGGUACUGGGGAGGUGGGGGAUCGCCGCGGGCUGUCCCCCUGAGACAGGCACCUCCUUCUGCUUGAAACAGACUCUCGGGGCCCCUGAUGCCACCGAGUCAUACGCACUGUCCCUCGGCUGCCAAGCGCCUCGCCGAGACCCUGCCCUUCCUCAUAGCCUGUCAGCAGCGGCUCCUCCCGUGGGCGAGGGGGGUCAGUGUGGCCCAAGCAGGGGCAGUUGGUGGCUGAGGCGCUGAGUGUCCCUGCAGUGCCCGCACUUCGGGAGAGCCGGUGGGUUUCUGACAGGCUGUGUCCGGCCUCCCUGAAGGGGAGAGACAGCUCCAAUAAAGCUGGAAUCAGAGACAUGA